GAGAGAGAUGCCUCUGAAUGAAGUGAACGUGAAGUCGGAGAGGAAGCCGCUCAGGAAUGUAACAAACAACUAUGGUCGGCGAUCCUUCAAAUCUGCGAACGUGAAGACGGUAUCUCAGAAGCAAAAGGAAGAGACUGCUAAAGAAGAGAAAGAAGAUGACGACGUGCUCGAUCGCAUUCUUCUUGUUCAGUCCGAUAUUUCCUCUAUUCUUCAUCAGAUUGAUGAGCUUGUCGCCCAAGCAUUUAGACUCAAGACCACGGGCAAAGAGGGGAGAAAAGAGAUUGAAUCUUUCUCGCAUGUGUUGUCUGACAUGCUAUCAUCCUUAAAGCCAUGGGAGGCCAGGUUCCAGAUGGCACUAUCUACGACCUUCGAAGAGUCUGAAAGUCAGCCUCAACAGGUUUUGGCUAAAAAUCCAGUGUCUAACGAGGUCAGAGAUGAAAGUAAAGUCAGUGACAGUCCUGGGGAGGCCAAGUUGGACUUUCUGGUUUCUCCAUCUCCUCUCGUAUCCUGGCGGGCUAACUGUACCAUUGAGAGAGGUAGACAAAUGUUUAUGCUCACGCCACUUCCUAUAUCAAAAGCAUUAUCAUGCAAACGUCAGGAGCCACCUAAAUCGGAGUUCAAUAGGUUAUCUUCCUCUACUUAUGCUUGUGGGACAUCAAAUAUUUUUGCCUUAUCUGGAGAUAUACCUGACUGCUCGUUUGAUGCUGCUGUGGCGAAGCCAACUCCACUCAAACCUUCUGCUCCUGUUGCGAUUCAAGAGGCGAAUGCUCAAGAAAAUGGAUUUAUUUCUUCUCCGCUUUUUCCUAAAAGAGAAAGCUCCAUGCUUGUUAUGACACCAUGCUUAAAAAUGUCACCCCCUAAAUCUUGUGUUUUGCUUGAACCCAUAUCUGAAAUCUGUCAUCCAGGCAAAGACAAUGACAAGGUACGCAAAUCCACUCCGUUUCCUGUUGGGAUUCAUUAUAGCGAUUCAGAAACUCCUGAUUCUUCUGGUAGUGAAGCUUCAAAAGAUCUGGCAUUGAAGUAUCUGGAGCUAUUAGGGAUACAACAUAUUUCUAAAUCUGCAGCUGGAAAGAAAACAACAGAAGCAUCCCCAGAUUGGUUUAUGUCGCCUCCUAAAACUUGUGUUUUGCUGGAGCCACCUGAUGAGAAGCCGUUUGGUUUGGAAAAGGCUGAAAAAGGUUUACAGAUGACAGAUAAUGUUAUUAUUAAUAAAGAAACUAACAAAUUGAAAGACAAUGUUUUCGAAGACCAUGGUCAAACCAAAAAAUCUUGUAACAAAGAACACAUUGGUGGCAACUUAUCCUCUGUGGAGAGCACUAUGUGGCUUGAGCCUGAAAGCUCGUUUCGAGCUGGGAAAUGCCCUGGUGAGAAUACACUGAAGAAAGAAUUGUGGACAAAAUUUGAAGCAGCAUCUACCAAGGGGCUUCUGAGUAAAACCCCCACAGUCAGCAAUAUUACUCAAAAAGGAUUUCUGGAUCUCCUGGAAGAAGCUUCUUGUGAAGAUUAAGCACGCUACUAAGAUCAAUAUCUCAGCAAGCAAAUAGAUUUUUCCCUCAUUUGGAAUUUGGAAACGAAAUUUUUGGCUGUACAGCUCAUGUUGUAAGGUUUGGGGCAAAGAGGCCUACUGGCCCUGUGCAUUGUGUCUUAAUCCCCCCCCUAGAAGAUAAUUUUGCCAGGGGGAUGCAGGACACUUGAUGUAAGCUGUGUUCUUGUGCUGGUUUUUGUUCCUUCCCUGUUGAUGUCAAGA